ACGCAGAUGGGAAAACGGUUGUACAGCUUAUGCCUGGCCAGUGGCCACUGAAAAUGUCGUCAGAAUUUCUAAGGGAAGAGAUCGUUGGUUUUAAAGCAAGGUUCUCCCAUGCGAAUUAGGAGUCGCUCAUACUGUUUGUACAUUACAAUUAGAUUUUCCAAUCCACAGAUUGCUUAUCCGCCGGCUUGUGUAAUCUCUCUGUUCCGUCUGCCGCUAGAACCACCCACCACCUCCUCCUUAAACGACGGCACCCAACAUCUCACGGAACCGAUCGGCAGUGUCGCUGGAGGCAGGGACACGAACGUCGACCUCGCAACUUUCAUCCGUCUUUGCCUGCCCUUCGUCUGCGACUCGAAAGCUGAGAUCGCAUCGUGGUAUCGGUACUUGAAAUUGAAGUACCAACUAUGGGGAACCCGUGCGACUAUCUCCCACUUUGGAGACUGUGGACGACGGAGGGGGGUUAGUGGCGCCGUGUUGAAACCAGCUAAAGGUGUCAUUUAAUAUGAAGAGCUGGGCUCUAAAUGUCGGAUUGAUGAUUCUCCACCGUUUGCAAAUACGACUUUGAAGGCGAACU